GAGAGAGCGCUUGCUGCUCACACACCCCGACUAGUUGACUGGAUUGAAAACAUGGCUGCGGCCGAGCGUGCAGCAAAUUUACGGAAGUGAGAGUUCAACUCGGCCGGGUGGCACGUGCUGCUGCUGCUGCGCCGGCCAGUCUCGUCAGUUUAAACAGCAUCCUCGUGCCAACCAACUUCGUGGGCUUGGAGCUCGCGGCAGCUGAUUUAGCUGGGAUGUAGGGAUUUGAGCGAUUCUCAUCGGAAUGUGCACCAGCACCACUUCGCGGAUGUUUGGUUGCCACUAGGCCCUGUGGAAGUGCUGAACUUCAGGUCAGCAGAGGAGAUGAGCAGCCCAGCAGGACGGUGCCCGCAUUUGGCUGCAGAGGAGAGAGCACCAGGAUGAGGAGACUGUAGGCACCCGCCAUAGUAUGGCCGCAUCCCGUUCCUCGCGCGUCACAAGGUCAUCAGUGGGGCUCAAUGGAUUGGAUGAGAACUUUUGUGGUCGAACCCUCAGGAACCGCAGCAUCGCCCAGCCAGAGGAGACCUCAGUGUCUCCACUGCCAAGGGCUCGUUCACCCAAGAAGAAGCAGGACAACAAACAGGACACCAAGCAGGAGUCGAAACAGGAUAACAAACAAGAUGCCAAGCAGGAGUCCAAGCAGGAGUCCAAGCAGGAGUCCAAGCAGGAGUCCAAGCAGGAGUCCAAGCAGGAGUCCAAGCAGGAGUCCAAGCAGGAGUCCAAGCAGGACAGCAAAGAGGAUGCCCAGCAGGAGUCCAAGCAGGACAGCAAAGAGGACGCAAAGCAGGGUUCGAAGCAGGACAGCAAAGAGGACGCAAAGCAGGGUUCGAAGCAGGACAGCAAAGAGGACACCAAGCAGGAUUCAAAGCAGGACAGCAAAGAGGACGCCAAGCAGGAUUCAAAGCAGGACAGCAAAGAGGACGUCAAGCAGGAGUCGAAACAGGACGACAAGCAGGAGUCCAAAAACGAGACAAAGCAGGACACAAAACAGGAGUCAAACCAAGACGUUAUGCAGGAAUCAAAGCAGGAUGAUAAACACAACACAAAGCAGGAUGAGACACCGGACACUCUCUCACAAGAUGGCCAACAACAGGCCUUGUUACAGGGAAACGUAACUGACUCUGAUGCUUCUGUGGCUGAGGCCGAUCAAUGGACCAGUUCUAGGAAGCGAGGUCUGUCCUGUUUAGAAAAAGACAUUAGCUCAGAAAAGCCAGAGAACUGUGACGGAGGGAAGGGGGUACGGGAUGCCUCUCCUCAAAUCAAAAGGGCCAAGCGGUGCUCUCGCUCUGGAGAGUCCCAGGGACAGGAGAAGGACCCUGAGCUUGUGAAACCUGAAAGUCCUGUCUCUGUCCCAGAGCCUAGUAAGGACAACAGUUGUGAUGAAUUACCCAGCCAAAUCUCUGCUAACACAGUUCUAGCCUCACCUAUCCUCAGUAAGCAGGAAGGUGAGGUGACAGGGGAUGAUGCAGAGGACGGUCAUGUGGAGUGUGAUGGGGCAGCUCAGGCCCCAAAUGCCCACAAAGCUUCUAAUGGACUCAGAGAAAAUAACACAGAGGAACCUAGCACGCUCGGUGAAAAGCCUAGUGCAUAUUCCACCUCUGAUACCAAUUUCUCGUCGCUGCUCAAUGGCAGUCAGACGGGGACUCCCUCAUCCCCUGACCCCGCUGUGCCUUGUAGAAACUCUGUCCGUGGGCAUAUGGAGGUUUCUGGCUCAGGAGAAUUGCCAUCCUCAUCUGCACCAACAUCUGAGAGUGCUCUGGAGGAUCCUGUCCCUGAGUUGAUAGUGGCCAAGGAGCAGGAAGUCGAGGAAAUGGAGGUUGAUGUGGUAGGCGACCCGUUGUGCUUGGCUCACGAGGAGCAGGUGAGCGAGAGUGAUGCCAAUGGACUGUCGCUGAUGCCAACACAGGAAUCUGCUGCCUCCACAUCCUUCUCUGCCACUGAUAUGAACAGUAGUCCAAUCCACAACAACAACAGCAACUCAGGAGAAACCACAUCCCCACUAACAACACCCCCCUCCCCUACAGAACCAGAGUGCAACCCUUCUAUUUCUAGCACAUCCCCCUCUUUCACAGAGCUCUACGAACACAGAUACACCCUGCGGACUUCACCUAGAAGGGCUGUGUCUAGUGGCAAAGCUUGCUCCUCCAAGCCCAGCUCUCCUCCCAGAGACAAUGGUCCCUUGAGGGAAGAGGGGGAGGUGGUGGUUGGGCUGGAGGAGGAGGACUGGCCUAUGGUGGAGGAGCCUGCUCCCUCAGACUCUGUUGGCCACUCCAAUGAGGAGCUGGUCUCUGUGGAUCCUGGGGACAGGGCAGGUGGCGAGGAUGGUAGAUCUAUAGAGGGGAAAGAGGCCGAAAACAGCAAGGAGCUGACACAGAGCCAAGCUGCAGAGGAGGAAGAGGAGGAGGAAGAGGAGCCAGACGUGUAUUACUUUGAGUCGGACCACCUGGCUUUAAAACACAACAAAGACUAUCAGAGACUGCUGCAGACUAUUGGAGUUCUGGAGGCUCAGCGCACACAGGCCAUCCUGGACCUGGAAAUGCUGGCGCGCCAUCAGAGAGAGGCGCUUGCCGAUCCCAUCGGCUUUGUGGAGCAGCUGCAAAAACGGGUGAAUCUAGGCUUGCCGUGUCCUCAGCGUGUCGUUCAGCUCCCUGACAUCGCCUGGGAGCAGUACACCUCAGGCCUCGGGGAUUUUGAAAGAGAGUUCUGUGACAAGAAACGGAAAACCAGGCGGCUAAAGUUGAUCUUUGACAAAGGUUUGCCUCUUCGACCAAAAAGUCCGAUUGAGCCCAAGAAGGAAGGCGAAUCCUCCACCAUGUACUCCCCUCUACCCACAAGUGAUGCCCCAGAAAACAGCAGGCAAACACAGAUGAUCAGAGGGAGGAUUUGCCAUCCAAACAAACCCGACACAUUUAACCAGCUGUGGACUGUGGAAGAACAGAAAAAACUGGAGCAGCUUCUUGUUAAAUUCCCUCCCGAGGAAGUCGAAUCCAGAAGAUGGCAGAAAAUCGCUGAUGAGCUGGGCAAUCGAACAGCGAAACAGGUUGCCAGUAGGGUUCAAAAGUACUUCAUCAAACUGACAAAAGCUGGUAUCCCUGUGCCUGGAAGAACACCCAACCUGUGCAUGUACACUAAAAAGGCAUCCAGUAAGCGGCAGCACCACCUUAACAAACACCUGUACCGGCCGUCCACCUUCCUGACCUCCUACGAGCCUCCGGUCUACAUGGACGAAGAUGAUGAGCGCUCGGCAUAUUACAACAGCGUGCAGGACCCUUCGGCUGAUGAUUCGGAUGAAGAGAGUGUACCUGUGGAGCUGAGAAGUUUGCCAGAAUACAAAGAGCUUUUAGAGCUGAAGCGUCUGAAAAAACAGAAGCUUCAAGAGAUCCAGGAGGAUAAGGCUGAGAUCCGGCAUAUAGGCUACAAGUGUGACAUCUGCGGUAUGGAGCCCAUCUUGGGUGUACGGUGGCACUGUCAGGACUGUCCACCUGAUAACUCAGUUGAUUUCUGCUCCAACUGCUCCGACUGCUUGUUCAAGACAGAGACCCACAAGCCUAACCACCAUCUGGAGCCGGUGUACCAGCCAGAAACCUUCCUGGACAGGGACUACUGCCUGCCACAGAGCACAGGUUACAACUACCUGGACCCUAACUACUUCCCAGCCAAUAGAUGACAGGGUCCCAGGCACACCUAGCUCCAGGCUCUCUCCACAUAUCCCACAGGCCACUCUGUGCAUGGCUCCAUCCUCCAAGUCCAAGAUAACCGCUUAACCCGCCGCCAGGCAGGAAGGCCAGCAGGCAGGCAGACAGCCGGGGUCCUCAGAGCAGACCAGUGCUGCUGGUGGGGGGGACUGUUCGUGACUGACCUCCCUGACUUGAGCAAAGGGCAACCAUGAUGGUUCCUCAGUAAAAAAGGGGGGGCCCCCCCCUGCUCCACCUCAGCCAGGUUAUUCAAUGGAUCUGUGAUUUGAAAAUGAUACACUAUUUUUAAAAAAAACAAACAAAAAGAAAACAGAAGGCACACGACAUUCCCGAGCUCUGUGACUCCAGCAGGGCUGUCCCCGUAUCCCCGUUACUCCCCCCAUCGCCCUCCAGUUACCUCCCUGUGCUGCUUCGAAACUGGAGAAUUGAUGAUCAGUCUGGUGAAGCGCCACCUAAUGGAGAUGGGUGGUCAACCAGCAGGUCAUAGCGGACUGUGAAGUCAUCAACUGAGAUACACAUGGGUGGUUUUAUGCGUGUAUGUGGUCUCUGUGUUAUGCAAGAGUGAAAAUGUUCUAGCUAGGUAUCCGUAGAUUGAGUAUUUAUGAGCUGCAGCGUCCUCAGCAGACAUUUGGGGUUCUGCAGGUGAAUUUUGGCAGACAGUGUGGUUGAAGUCAGUGUUUUCCGUUUUUUUUUUGGGGGGGGGGGGGG